GCGGCGGCGAGAGCAGAGGACGAGCCGGGACGCGGCGCCGCGGCACCAGGGCGCGCAGCCGGGCCGGCCCGAGCCGACCGGCCCCACACGGUGAGCCUUCAGAAGCCCAAAGCUACAGAAAGACCAAGGCAGUACUCACACCAGCGUCCCGCACCAAGAUCUAUGUUCGCACUUUAACCUUCGCCUGCCAAGACCACGGUAGCUCCUUCCUUGAAACCCCCCAGCCCCACGCGCCCCAAGCCUGCCUCCCGCGCCCCAGCUGCCUGCCAUGCCCUCCAGCGGCCCCGGGGACACCAGGAGCUCUGCUCCGGAGAGGGAGGAGGACCGCAAGGAAGAAGAGCAGGAGGAGCCUCGCGGCAAGGAGGAGCGGCAGGAACCCAGCACCACGGCCCGGAAGGUGGGCAGGCCAGGGAGGAAGCGCAAGCACCCGCCGGUGGAAAGCAGCGACACGCCCAAGGACUCUGCGGCCACCUCCAAGUCCCCAUCCGUGGCCCAGGACUCAGGCCCUUCCGAGCUGUUACCCAAUGGGGACUUGGAGAAGCGGAGUGAGCCCCAGCCGGAGGAGGGCAGCCCUGCUGGGGCGCAGAAGGGCGGGGCCCCUGCUGAAGGACAGGGUGCCGCCGAGGCCCCACCUGAAGCCUCCAGAGCGGUGGAGAAUGGCUGCUGCACUCCGAAGGAGGGCCGAGGAGCCCCUACAGAAGAAGGCAAAGAACAGAAGGAGACCAAUGUGGAAUCCAUGAAAAUGGAGGGCUCCCGGGGCCGACUGCGGGGUGGCCUGGGCUGGGAGUCCAGCCUACGCCAGCGGCCCAUGCCGCGGCUCACCUUCCAGGCGGGCGAUCCCUACUACAUCAGCAAGCGGAAGCGGGACGAGUGGCUGGCACGCUGGAAAAGGGAGGCUGAGAAGAAAGCCAAGGUCAUUGCAGUAAUGAAUGCUGUCGAGGAAAACCAGGGCUCCGGGGAUGCUCAGAAGGUGGAGGAGGCCAGCCCUCCUGCUGUACAGCAGCCCACCGACCCUGCGUCCCCCACUGUGGCCACCACACCUGAGCCUGUGGGCGCCGAUGCCGGGGACAAGAAUGCUACCAAAUCUGCUGACGACGAGCCGGAGUACGAGGACGGCCGGGGCUUUGGCAUUGGGGAGCUGGUGUGGGGGAAACUGCGGGGCUUCUCCUGGUGGCCAGGCCGCAUAGUGUCCUGGUGGAUGACGGGCCGGAGCCGAGCAGCUGAGGGGACCCGCUGGGUCAUGUGGUUCGGAGACGGCAAGUUCUCAGUGGUGUGCGUUGAGAAGCUGAUGCCGCUGAGCUCAUUCUGCAGCGCCUUCCACCAGGCCACCUACAAUAAGCAGCCGAUGUAUCGUAAAGCCAUCUAUGAGGUCCUACAGGUGGCAAGCAGCCGCGCAGGCAAGCUCUUCCCAGCCUGCCAUGACAAUGAUGAGAGUGACACUGCCAAGGCUGUGGAGGUGCAGAACAAGCAGAUGAUCGAGUGGGCCCUUGGGGGGUUCCAGCCUUCUGGCCCCAAGGGUCUAGAGCCACCAGAAGAGGAGAAAAACCCCUACAAAGAAGUUUACACAGACAUGUGGGUGGAGCCUGAGGCAGCCGCCUAUGCCCCACCCCCGCCAGCCAAAAAGCCCCGGAAGAGCACAACAGAGAAGCCCAAGGUCAAGGAGAUUAUUGAUGAGCGCACACGAGAACGGCUGGUGUACGAAGUGCGGCAGAAGUGUCGAAACAUUGAGGACAUUUGCAUUUCUUGUGGCAGCCUCAAUGUCACUCUGGAACACCCUCUCUUCAUUGGAGGAAUGUGCCAAAACUGCAAGAACUGUUUCCUGGAAUGCGCAUACCAGUACGAUGAUGACGGCUAUCAGUCCUACUGCACCAUCUGCUGCGGAGGGCGCGAGGUGCUCAUGUGUGGGAACAACAACUGCUGCAGGUGCUUCUGUGUGGAAUGUGUGGACCUCUUGGUGGGGCCUGGGGCUGCACAGGCGGCCAUUAAGGAAGACCCUUGGAACUGCUACAUGUGCGGGCACAAGGGCACCUACGGGCUGCUGAGGCGGCGGGACGACUGGCCCUCCCGGCUUCAGAUGUUCUUCGCCAAUAACCACGACCAGGAAUUUGACCCUCCGAAGGUUUACCCGCCUGUCCCAGCUGAGAAGAGGAAGCCCAUCCGGGUGCUGUCUCUCUUUGAUGGAAUUGCUACAGGGCUCCUGGUGCUGAAGGACUUGGGCAUCCAGGUAGACCGCUACAUUGCCUCGGAGGUGUGUGAGGACUCCAUUACUGUGGGCAUGGUGCGGCACCAGGGGAAGAUCAUGUACGUCGGCGAUGUCCGCAGCGUCACACAGAAGCACAUCCAAGAGUGGGGCCCAUUUGACCUGGUGAUUGGGGGCAGUCCUUGCAAUGACCUCUCCAUCGUCAACCCUGCCCGCAAAGGACUCUAUGAGGGCACUGGCCGGCUCUUCUUUGAGUUCUACCGCCUCCUGCAUGACGCACGGCCCAAGGAGGGAGAUGAUCGCCCCUUCUUCUGGCUCUUUGAGAAUGUGGUGGCCAUGGGCGUUAGUGACAAGAGGGACAUCUCACGAUUUCUUGAGUCUAACCCUGUGAUGAUUGAUGCCAAAGAAGUAUCAGCUGCACACAGGGCCCGCUACUUCUGGGGUAACCUUCCCGGUAUGAACAGGCCAUUGGCGUCCACUGUGAACGAUAAGCUGGAGCUGCAGGAGUGUCUGGAGCAUGGCAGGAUAGCCAAGUUCAGCAAAGUGAGGACCAUCACUACCAGGUCCAACUCCAUUAAGCAGGGCAAAGACCAGCACUUUCCUGUCUUCAUGAAUGAGAAGGAGGACAUCCUGUGGUGCACCGAGAUGGAAAGGGUGUUCGGCUUCCCUGUCCACUACACCGAUGUCUCCAACAUGAGCCGCUUGGCGAGGCAGAGACUGCUGGGCCGGUCGUGGAGCGUGCCAGUCAUCCGCCACCUCUUCGCUCCGCUGAAGGAAUAUUUUGCUUGUGUGUAAGGGACACAGGGGCAAACUGAGGUAGUGACACAAAGUCAGACAAACAAAAACCACCAAACACAAUAUAACACCAAGAACGUGAGGAUGGAGAGAAGUAUCAGCACCCAGAAGAGAAGAAGGAAUUUAGAACAAAAACCACAGAGGCGGAAAUGCCGGAGGGCUUUGCCAAGUGAGAAGGGUGGACAUCAUCUCCUGAUUUCUCGAUGUUAAUCUUCAGUCCUAUUUAAAAGCAAAACCAACACCCCUCCCUCCCUUUCCUCUCUGCUCCCCCUCCCAUUUGGGGGGUCAACCCUUUUGUUUUCUGCUCUUUCCAGAGGCGAUUUCUGUUUGGGUUUUGUUUCUUGCUGUAACUGAAACAAGGUUAUUGCAGCAAAAAUCUUAACCACAACAAAAGAGUAAAGAUACCUUGCAGAGGAAAGGUGGGAGAGGGAGGGGAAAGGAAAUUCUAUAGAAAUCUAUAUAUUGGGAAAUUUUGGUUUGUUUUUUUGUUUUUGUUUUUUUUACUAUAUAUCUUUUUCUUUUCCUUUGUUGUCUCUAGCCUGAUCAGAUAGGAGCACAAGCAGGGACAGAAAAUAGAGACACUCAGGCAGCCGGAUUCCCUUCCAGCCACUGAGCUGCCUGCCAGCACCAUUCCUGGUCAUGCAGAACAGGACCCAGCCAGGGGGUAGGGGGACACGAACACCACACCAGACCCUUUUCUACAGUAUUUCAGGUGCCUACCACACAGGAGACCUUGAAGCAAAUCAGUUUCCAGAAGCCGCUGUUACCUCUUGUUUACAGUUUAUAUAUAUACGAUAGAUAUGAGAUAUAUAUAUAAAAAAGGUACUGUCAACUACUGUACAACCCGACUUCAAAAUGGUGCUCUCACAGCGAGAUGAGUAAAAACAUCAGCUUCCACAUUGCCUUAUGUGCAAAGGGUUCUAACCACGGGUGGAGGAGAGAGGGUGCAGCUUGCUGGGCUUUAUCCCACACCCCCACAAGCUUCAUUUUAAUGAAGGAGGAGAAUUGUGGGGCCCUGUCCUCGCGCUUCUCCCUGCCAAAAAGGAAACUGGGGUGAGGGGGCGGGGAAGGUGAGGCAGUGGGGACCAAGGAAGGUCGAGUGUGGAAUUCAUCCAGACCCACCCAUGCAAUAAGCUUUUUUUCCUUUUUCUUACGUUUUUUUCUAAGAGACUCCCCAGACUGGAGUCUCCCUGCCCACUAUCCCACUGCAGCCAAGCCAAGGGCUUUUUGCUGUGGGGUCAGAAAGGAUCUAGAGUGUGGGCAAGUGACAGUUCAGGUCCCCACCUGGAGCAAAUAAAAAAACAUACAACGCGCACUGGUGCUUCCCGUCUAAGUCGCCUCUUGUGUGUUCUUUUAUGAGGCCCCGCCAUCCGGCACCCCGCGCACAAGGUGGCCGUGUACCCUGGAACGCGAUGUUUUUGAUCAUCUCUGCAGGCUGCAGUUUUAUACUGGGAGGCUAAUGACAUCUUUAUUCUUGUUAUUAUGCUUAUGGUUCUGGUUAUCACUAUGUUUUCAGAUUUUUCUUUAAGAAGACAAAAUCCCCCGACACCCUUCCCUUCAGGUUUCAAGCCAAGGUGUGGGGAGCAGGGUGCUUCUAAGUCGGCGGUUCGGGUGCCCUGGCUCUGCGCCCCUUGGGCCAGGUGGGCCGCCCAGCGCACCGAGGGCUGCCUCAUGGCUCCUCGGCUUCUCUUCUACUUCCCCUCCUCUGGGUCAGGUGUGUCAGGGCUGGAGGGAGACCCUGCCGGCUCUCUCCGUGUGUAUGUGUGUGUGCGCGCAUGUGUGACUGGAGUGGUGUGUAUUUCUUUUCUAGUACUUGGUCUGUGCCCUUAGUGGGAGGCAGUAGCACCUGGAGCCCCAAGUGCUCAAGGGACACUGUCCCGCUUCCUACUGAGGCAGGCAGCCUGGUGGUGGUGGUGGUGGCAGUAGGAAGGCUCCUGGGUGAGGGCCCAAUGGGUGGUGCUUGCCUCGGUGGCUGGGGUGUAGAUAUGUGGCAUAUAGAGAUAUAUAUUUUAUAAUGGGAGGGGUGGGCGGCACCUCCUGGGACCGUCAGGACUGGGAGGUGUGCUGCAAAGCACAUGGUCCCUGGUCUGCAUCCCGAGAAAGAUGGCCUAUGGUGAUAGGCGCUAUAUAAGUACAUAGAUAGGGUCACAUAAGAAAUACUAGGGAGUGGGGUAGGGGGAGCAGGCUUGGUGUGGCAGUCAGUUUCGCACAUGUGCACAGGAAGCUCACUCCCGGCUGAAGUCCAUGGAGCCUGCUCAUGCACAGGCCAGGGGCAAUGCAGCUCUCCCACCCGGCAGUCGGGCUCCAUGUGGUCAGCCGCGCAGCUCUUUUAUCUCUGUUGCCCUGGUUGCAGGAAGAUGGUCACUCCCAGAAGUUGCUAGGUGCUGAAAGCAGGAACAGGAGGAGGAUAUAUCUUAGCAGGUGCUCUCCUCUAAACAGGUAGUGUUCUAUCUCUUUUGCCCCUGGUGAUGUCAAAAGAUUUCUUCUGUUAGCAACCUGUGAUACUGACCUGCAACUUUAGGCACCAGUCAAGUCAGCCCUCACCUCCCCCUACCUAUUCUCCCCAUUCAAAAUCCAAUUGACAUCCUUGUCUGUCUUGGCUGUGGGGCUUCCAUUGGGAAACAGAUGGGACUGUGAACCGUGCUUUGUGAUUCAAGCAAA